AAAGUAUUGUAAGUUAUUAAUAGUUGUGAGACGUAACAAACAAACAAGAAACUAAUUUUUUAAUUAAAACAGAAACUGCUCGAACUUAAAAAAUUCUGCUCUAUUAUAUUGCAAUUCAGUAUUACAACAAUAACAAAAAAAAUCAAAAUGAAGUGGUUAGUGAUUGGUAUAUCUGGACCAACGUGUAGCGGAAAGACUAGCUUAGCUAAAAAAUUACAUGAUAAUAUCCAAGAUUCAAUUUUGAUGUCACAAGAUACCUACUUUUUAUCCGAAGAUAAUCCUAAGCAUUCGUUUAUUUCAGAAUUAAAUCAUUUCAAUUGGGAAAUUCUUUCAAGUCUUGAUAUGUCAAAAAUGUAUUCUGAUAUAAUAAACAUUAUUCAAUCGGCUCCAGAUGCUUAUUCAGUUGAUUUGAAUAGAAAAUUUAGAUGCUUCAUAAUAGAAGGCUUUUUAAUUUAUAAUUAUAAACCUAUAGCACAAUUAUGUAAACAAAAGUAUUUUAUAGAAAUAAGCAAAGAAACGUGUAGUAAUAGAAGAAAAACUCGAGUAUACAAUCCUCCAGACGUUCCUGAGUAUUUCAAUAAAAUUGUUUGGCCUGAAUAUUUAAAACAUAAAUCUGAAAUUAUCUUAGAUACAAACUUAUAUAAAACUAUAACAUUUCUUGAUGGAAAUAAAAGUCUAAAUGAAUUGUAUGAUGUAAUAAAACAUGAAAUUGAA